AUGACCUACCUCAGGAAGACAGGCCUGAAGAUCUACCUCACGACCCUGGCCUGCGUGAUGCUGCUGUUCAUCAUCGGCGGCAACAACCACCACAGGCACUGGGUCUUCGACGUGUGCCUCUACGCCGGGUACUAUGGGGUCAAGAUGGCGCCCAACCUCGGCUUCGUGCUCAUCUACCAGGUGGCCAAUGAGAUCUACCCCACGGAGGCCCGCACCACCGGCUGUGGCGUGUGCCUGGCCGCGGGGCGGAUGGCCGCGCUGCUGGGGCCCUUGGUCUACGAGGGGUCUUUGGGCUUUUAA